UUGCUUGGAACACACUUUGUUCACUUCUCCUUCCUUUUAACUCUCUGCUUGCUCAACAUUCUAUACAUGAUGUGUGUGCUUUGUACUGCACAAAAGGCAAAUAGGAAGAGGACACAAAAAAGGAGUAAGUCAGAAGCAAGGAAACAAGACCUGUCAACAAACAGUGCCUGAACUGAAGAGCUUACUAUCAGACGUGUCUAGUUUAGCUUAUGAAUUGAUGUAGUCUCACCUUUGUGUCAUUCUUCCUCAGACUUCAAUAAAGCCACAGAGCGGCACAUUGCACAGUGGUAACCCAGCCGCUGAAGUGUGCCAGGAGUAGAGUAUGUGUAUAGGAGAACUGGCAUGCCCUCAAUGUGAGAGGACAGGAGAAGUACAUUCCGACUUCUCUCACUCUGCCUCUGCACCCCCACCCCUCUUCAGACCUCCCAUCCGAUUUGUAUGUUAAUACAGUAUCUUUUGGUUUGCAGAGCUCUCAGCUGGGAGAGGCUACACUGGGUAAUUUCUCCAUCUGUGCUCGAUGAUUGGGUUAAAGCGAGGGCCAGUAGCUGUGGAGAGAGAGUGCCGCUUGUUUACCUCCUCCGGGCAGAGAUCAGUGGAGCAUUAAGCUUUUAAUUGAGGUAUAAGUGUAUCAUUUGGGAAGGUGAACGAAUUGGAGGCCAGUCACCUCUCUAUCAGGGGCAGCCAGAAGGAUCUGCGUGCGAAUGCAGCCGCUCGGCAAAAUCUGAUAGCGAUUUCGGGGGAAAGAGACAUCAACGAUACGUAAUCAAGAAUGCUUUUGGGUGCUCCUACUCAUGGUGGACAAUUGCUGGCUUCUCUAGGGAUUCCCAACAGACCAAUACAGACACACUUGGACAUUAAGCAUCUUCUUACAUUCAGGAUCAAUGGAGUCUCUCCGCUUAGCCUCUUCCCUAACUUUAAUGCAAUGGACCCAGUGCAGAAAGCAGUUAUUAAUCACACCUUUGGUGGGCCUUCUCCUCCGAGACGGAGGCCUUUUAUAUCCUGCAAUGUCUGUCAUCUCAGGUUCAACUCCCUGAACCAGGCUGAAGCUCAUUAUAAAGGCCACAAGCAUGCACGGAAGCUCAGAGCCUUGGAGAGCGCACGACACAAGCACAAGCAGAAUGGAAUUCGAGAAAGAGCAUCAGCGCCCCCAGUGGACACCACAAAAAGCACAGACUCUCAGAGUGAAACAACAGAUGCACAGGCUGAAAUUACCAGGCUUAGCGAACUGGACACGGAGCCAAGCCACCACAGUCCAACACCUGAACCUCAGACCAUUGAUCAGGAGGAGGAAUGUGCCUCUCCAGAGACCUUAGACAGCAGUGCUGAGUUAAUGGAGACCGGGUCCCUGGCUCCAGAGGAACCAUAUAGUCCAGAGAAGGCCUCUGAAGAAAAUGGUGUUUCCACUCAGGACAGUGAGAAAGAAAGAAAGAAUAGAGAGCACUUAUACUGUGCCACCUGCAAGGUUACUGUGAACUCGGCAUCUCAACUGGAGGCUCAUAAUGCUGGUGCAAAGCAUAAAUCCAUUUUGGAAGGACAAAGCACUCACCCAAGGAGGAGCAGGGGCAAAGCACUGAGCCGUGCUACCCGAAAACCUAAGAGAAUUGGCAACAAGAGCAGCAUUGGCAUCCAGAACAAAGCCUUCAACUGCCCCGUGUGUGAAAUCCAUGUCAACUCUGAAACCCAGCUCAAACAGCACAUGAACAGUAGAAGACACAAAGACAGAUUGGCUGGGAAACCUCCAAAGCCCAAAUACAGUCCUUUCAGCAAGCUGCAGAAGAGUGCUGCUUUAGCGACCAGGCUGGCUCUACAUAAACAUCUGACUAAGACUUUGGCUGCUCGCUUUCUUCCGAGCCAUCUGACGCCGACGACGGUCUGCACUCUACCUAGUGCUCUUACUCUGCGCCCUACCACAGCUGCUGCCCUCUUCCAGACCCCUCUUCUGGGACCAGCUCUUUUCCGGAGUCCAACAGCUGCUAUUCGACCUUCUCCAACACCCAUAAUGUUUGCUCCAUACUAGCCUGGCCCCAUGUAUUAUAGGACUGCAGAGGAACUAGUACAGAGGUGAAACUAUAUUGAUCGCAAGACCGCCACCUCCAGAGAAUACUAAAUUCUAUAUAAUUGUCGCUUCGCUCAUGACCCAAAGCACAUUUGCCAUCUUGGAUAUGGGAGCUAGCUUUCCAAGCCAUAGUCAACAGACAAGGAUGGACAGCCAUAGUUGCUCAUGUCAGACUGUGUGUACAGAUGGUGGCAGAGGAAGUGAGUUUCCACAUCUACCACAGCGCUGGAGUCAGGAGACAGUGACUUUGGAGAAACAAACCACAAUCCCUCUGUUCUGAGAUGGCGGAGAACUGAUAGCAAUAACAUUUAUUUAGUGGACAUGGCUUGGGAUGUAAAACUGGAGAAUUUAAGAAAAAAACUCAAACAUGACCAAGAUCCCUAUUUAAUAGAUAAUACAAUGUCAGCAACUAUGCUGGCGCAGACACACAGUGUUAUUUGUAUCUUGAUGUGCACAAGGCAUGAUACAGCUUGGUUAUCCCCAGGUGUGGUAAAGAGAGGUGCCUUCAUAUAAAGCAGAUGUCUAGAUGUGAUAGUGUACAAGUCUUUAUUCAGAUAUUUAAAUAGAAAUAAUAUAAAUCCAGGGAUGAAUGCAAUCAAGAAGUAUAUGAACUAAAAACAAAGAUAUUAUAAAGAUAUUAUAAAAUACUAUGGGCGUAGCACUAAUUUGGGGGAACAAAGAUGUCAAUAGAAAUGCACACUUUUAGUUUGUAAAGCUUGAAAGCUCUUAUUUGAAGGUUCUGACUCAUAUUAGCAUUUUGUAGCCAAAACCAUUUCAUUCCAUGUAUUAUUUUUUUAUUUUUUUAUGUAACAAUUUAUCAGAGAUAAUAACUGGUCAUAACCCACCUUGGUGUUAUUGCACUGCAUGUAGACUUUUGCCCCAGAAGCUAACGCGGUCAUUUCCUUCUGUCACUGGGAUUUAUCAAAGUGCCAGUUUAAAGAACUGAUGGUACUUCUGCACAGCCACCUAUCAAACCUGCCCAGUAGAAUUAAUCUAAAAGGUGUGAUCAAUUGCUGUUUGGAAAUAUCUAGUUUUUAAGCUGGCCAUAAAAGUUACAAUCUAAAAACAGUGUAUGUUAAGCCCGAAGUUUGAAUAGCGCAGAGAAGGAAUAGAACGCCUGUCAGUUUUUUACCAGUCUAUAGGGCUCCCUUAGGCCUCGUACACACG